CUUUUCUCUCUAUCCUCUCUUUCUGUCACCCAAAAGAUGAAAAAAAUGCUUAUUUCCCCAUCAACCAUGCCUUCAACUGGACGUGUAGUUUGCGGGCAGUGAACCAUGGGCCUUUUCCGGCGACUCUUUGGCGCCAAAAAGCUAGCCCAAACCGGCUCCCAUAAAGACAGGAGCCGUUGGAGCUUUGCCAGAUCUUCCAAUCCCACGUCUUUAAGUUCCCAUCUUGAUGCUCUUUCUGGUACAUACGAUGACACAUUGGAUGCCAGCAAGCACGCCAUAGCAGUGGCAGCCGCCACUGCUGUCGUAGCUGAGGCUGCUCUGGCGGCAGCGCAUGCGGCGGCUGAGGUGGUUAGGCUGACAAGUGGGGGUAGUGGCGACGCCGUUGGGAGCAACCGACGCAUCGCACGGGAAAAGGCGGCUGUUAGGAUACAGUCCGCUUUUCGAGGUUAUCUGGUUAGUAUUUACUUACAGUCCGCUUUUCGAGGUUAUCUGGCACGGAGUGCACUGAGGGCAUUGAAAGCAUUGGUGAAGCUUCAAGCACUAGUGAGAGGCCACAUUGUGAGAAAGCAAACAUCAGACAUGCUCAGACGCAUGCAAACAUUGGUCAGACUGCAAGCCCGGGCCCGUGCUAGUCGUGCUGGUCUGACAAAAUCUUUGGAUUCUGCUGGCAAGAUUUCUGUACAUUCACAAAAUGCUGUACAUGCAAGUUCUGUAAAAGAUGAAUGCCAACUUCAUGCUUAUAAUUCUAAAUCUGAUGGGCCCUCAAUCCUAAAGAGAUGUGGUUCAAAUUCAAAUCUGAGGGACAUCGUUGAUCUAGAGAAAGCACGGAUGGGUUCAAAUUGGUUAGACUGUUGGAUGGAGGAAAGUUUAUGGAACAACCAGAGAGAUACUUUGCUUAGACAUAGGCAUGCGGAUGAUGAGAAGAGUGACAAAAUCCUUGAGGUAGAUACAUGGAAACCUCGCUUAAACUCCCAACAGAGUAACAGGAACUUUAGGGCAUCUCAGCAUGAUUCAGCUUUGGAUUAUAACAAGAGCUUCAUGGUGUACGAUUCCCCAAGAAAACUAUCAGGGAAAGCUUCAAAUCCCAUAUCAAAUCUCUCUUCAUCAGAAGUUUUAUCAUUAAGCCCUCUGACAUAUCCUGGAUGGAAAGAUCAAGCAGUUUUAAGGACUGCUGACAACAGCCCACAAUUGCUUUCUGCAUCAUCUAGACCUGGAAGUAGUGCUAGGAGAAGUCCUUUCACACCCACAAGGAGUGAGUUCUCAUGGGGCUAUUUAGGUGGAUAUUCUGGUUACCCAAAUUACAUGGCGAACACAGAAUCAUCCCGGGCUAAGUAUCGGUCCCAGAGUGCCCCAAGGCAGAGGCUGGAAUUCCACAAAUAUGGCUCAACCGGAAGAACUUUUCAGGGGUUGUGGGAUUCAAGGACUAAUUCAGAAAGAGAUUUUGCUCAGCAUGUUGACUUUAGGUAAAGGGCUUAUCCAGCAUCCGAUCGGAAUAGGCUUGGUAGUGCCAACCAAAGGGAAUGAUUCCCCCCCCCCCACCCCCCACAGGGGCGUUCUCUUCCCCCCUCCUAUUUUCGUUUCCUGGUGUGCGACAGCAGCGCUGCGCUAGUCUGCUGGAGUUGUAAUUAGUUUACCAUGAUGUUACAAAACUUUGAUCCUGCACGAUCAAAUUCAACAUUAUUGAUAUUGAAAAUGGACACAGCUUCCAAGAAAAAUAGUUUUACUGUCAUUUUCUCCAACAUGUUAUAAAUUAGAUUGUGUAUGUGUAACAUACUUAUAAACCAGCUCUGCUUUCCUACAAUUGCUAGCUCUCUUGUCUUUUAACUGUUUCAGGAUCAUUUUCAACUUUCAACUCAAUUAUCUAAGCAAAAUAAAACAAAAGAGUUUCAGUUGAAGUUGUGUCGGUUUCCCACUAUGCAUUCACGGAGGUUAAAUCCAUCUACCUGCUAUUCUCCCGAUGGCUUCGUUUCAUCCUUUGUCUUUGUCCUAUCAAUUGUUGCCUACAUAACAUGGUGACAGUGAUAGUUAACGGUGAACAUUCUUUUAUUGUCCACAACAAAACAAACGAAACCUUGGAU